AUGACAUCUAUAGAAAUUACUGGUCCAAGCGAGGUAAAAUCAUACUUUUAUACUGGCGAAGAAAAGGUUACUGAAGACAGGGUGGUGGUUCCUGGUGCCAGUGUUAGUUCUUCUGUCAAUUUUAUGAGGGGUCACGGAACAUAUUUAGAAGGAUCCCAGUUGUUGGCGUCAGUUGCUGGAGCAGUAUAUCAAGUAAACAAACUUAUAUUUGUGCAGCCGCUGAAAAGCAGGUAUAAUGGUGAAAUUGGUGACGUAGUGGUUGGUCGAAUAGUUGAAGUGCAGCAGAAAAGAUGGAAGGUAGAAACUAAUUCACGGCUUUAUUCAACUUUAAUGCUCUCUAGUGUAAACUUGCCUGGAGGGGAGUUGAGAAGGAAAUCUGUAGAAGAUGAGCUUAUGAUGCGAGAAUACCUAAAGGAAGGAGAUUUGAUCAGCGCAGAAGUUCAAAAAGUUUCUUCUGAUGGUCAACUACAGUUACACACGCGUAAUAUGAGAUAUGGAAAGCUGUUGCAAGGUACACUGGUAAAAGUUUCACCGUGCCUAGUAAAACGGCGGAAAUCUCAUUUUCAUACUAUGCCACAUGGUGCUUCUAUUAUCUUGGGACGCAACGGUUAUAUAUGGGUAUCUGCUGUCGUGUCUGAAGAGGAAGGAUUGACUGGUGGAUACGCACAGAACCUAGAUGAGGUAGUGCCGCAUGAGACGCGUUUGGUUAUUGCAAGAUACACGAAUUGUUUGAACUUGCUUGCGCGCCACCAGAUUUCUCUCUACGACACCACAAUAAACCUUGCUUAUGAAGCGUCUUUAAAUCAUGAGGUUAGAGACUUGUUGAAAGCUGACGUUAUGGCCGAAAUAGCAUACGAUGUUCAACAACAACUAAUGAAGAAAGUUGGAGAGAUGUAA